AUGGAGUUCGAAAACUAUCACACUGAGCAAUGCUGUAUACCAGCAAUGCUUGUUGCACAUCUUAUGACUAUUUACAGCAAAGGAUUUCUUUUCUGUCUCGAAUCCACAACUUCAAAAGCUUUCUACAUUAUCUCACUUUACUUUACUCUACUCUACUUUAUCCAUGAUGAUUCGCAAAUCCCAAAGGAAAGCUCGGCUGUGGAGGAAGCCGGGGCUGAUAGGAUACCAGUUGAGGGGAUAGCACACAAAUAA